GCUUAUCAUUCUAGCUUUGCCAAUCAAGGAAAGUCUAUUGGUAACGUGGCCUUACUACCAAUAAAUACAUCUUAUAAAGGUCCCGCUCCAAAAGGAGAUGGAUCUCCAGACAUCAUCGAGGAAGCUUUAUAUUUGUUCAAAGCUAACAUUUGGUUUAAGAAUUAUGAAGUUAAGAGCGAUGCAGAUAGAACUUUGAUAUACCUGACUCUUUAUAUAUCUGAAUGUCUUAAAAAAUUGCAGAAGUGUCCAACAAAAAAUGCUGGUACUAAGGAAUUAUAUACAGAAGCGUUAACCAAUGUUGUUAUACCAGGCGAGGCUGGAUUCCCUCUUAGUUCUUUGUAUCAGAAGCCCUCAAAAUCAGAUGGUGAUUUAAUGAGACUAUAUUUCACUCAAUUACGUCAAGAGCUUGGUGUUCGUUUAUUGGAAAAGGUCUACUGUGAACCUGAUGGCAAGCCUAGCAAGUGGUGGAUGUGUUUUUCCCGAAAGAAAUUUAUGGACAAGCGACUGGGGCAACCUUAA